GUAAAUGAGAGACCGUCACCAUGCCCCCGGGGGAGUAUGGGAUGCUGGGCGAGUGGGAGAAGGAGGGGGACCAUGACAUCAUGAUGGACUUCCUGCUGCCCACCGGGAUCUUCCUGAAAUUCCCUGUGUCUCGCAAUGACACCAUCGGUGCCAUCAAAAAAAUGGUGUGGAGGAACGCUAGCAGCGAGCCCCUGUAUGGAGCGCUGAGCGACGCGGACGCUUACGUGUUCACCUGCAUCAACUCGACGGCAGAGCGUGAGGAGCUAGAAGACGAGACCCGUCGUCUGUGUGAUGUCCGGCUCUUCAUGUCUGUCCUGAGGCUGGUGGCCCGGGAGGGUGACCGCGUGGAGAAGCUCACCAACACUCAGAUCAGCCUGCUGAUUGGCAAAGGUCUGCACGAAUUUGACUCCCAGAAGAACCAUGAGGUGAACGAGUUCCGGGCCAAGAUGCGGUCCUUCUGUGAAGAGAAGGCCCAGGACCGCCAGCGGUUGCCAUGGUACCAGUGGAUGGAGUACAGCUUCUCGUGUGAUCUAGAGCCAUGUGUUUCCUUGGCAGAGCCCGGGGGCAUCAAGACAAAAGGCACUAAGAAGAUCUUUGUCAAUGUCAAGUUUGAGGCCAGCGAUGAAAGCUUUAUGCUUCAGCAGGAGCCCCAGGACCUGCCGGUGAUCUUAAUGCGGAGUGCCCUAAAGAAGAAGGCCACUGUGUUUCGCUCAGUGCGACAGGAGAAGCCAGAGGACUACACUUUACAGGUCAAUGGGAGGUGGGAAUUCAUAUACGGGAAAUACCCCCUGUGCCAGUUCAAAUACAUAUUCUCCUGUUUGAGAGGGGGUCAAACCCCCCACCUGACCAUGGUUCAUCAAUCCACCGUUGUCAAAUACCAGGAGGAGCAGGGCUGCCUGGGCAGCCAGGUAUCCAAGAGUCGCUCCUUGUCCAAGCCCCCCCCUCUACCCGUGAAGAAGCAGAACACGUCGUCUUUGUGGUCCAUUGAGGAGCCUUUCCACAUUCACUUGCUACAAGGCUACCGAGUCAACGCAGAUGAAGGAAUGAAGCUGGUCGUCCAGGCAGGUCUGUUCCACGGCAGUGAGCUGCUGUGUAAGGUAGUGACCAGCGGUGAGGUUAACGUGUGCUCCGAGCCCCUGUGGGACCAGAAGCUGGUGUUUGACAUCAGCGUGAGCGACCUGCCUCGUAUGAGCCGCCUGUGCUUUGCUCUCUACGCUGUCAUCGAGAAGGCCAAGAAGCCCCGCUCCACCAAGAAGAAGAACAAGAAAGCUGACUGUCCACUAGCCUGGGUAAACACCAUGGUGUUUGACUAUAAGGAUCAGCUGAAGACUGGGGAGUUCCUUCUCUCCACCUGGCCUUCAGUCCCUGAUGAUAAAGGCGACCUCUUGAAUCCAAUGGGCACAGUGGAGAAAAAUCCCAACGUUGAUAGUGCAGCAGGACUCCUCAUUCGCUUCCCCAAUAUCCGACCUCACCCUCUCUACUACCCCCAUUUCGACAAGUUGAGGGACCUAGAAAAAAAUGGAGGGAAGGUUAUAGCCACCAAGGUGGAGCAUAUGAAGCUAAAGGAAAUAGUAGACAAUAAGAACUACACAGAGUUCUUUGAGGACGAGAAAGAGCUUCUGUGGAAGCUACGCGGUGUGGUGCGGGAGCGCUACCCAGAGAGUCUGUCCAAACUUCUCCUCAUCACAAAAUGGAAUAAGCACGAGGAUGUAGCACAGAUGGUGGCGUUUCUGCAGAAAUGGCCGGACCUCCCUGCUCUCCAUGCCCUGGAGCUGCUGGACUACAGUUUCCCUGACCCAAUGGUCCGCUCCUUCACCAUCCGAUGCCUAAGGAAGCUGAGAGAUGAGGAGCUGCUCCAGUACUUGCUGCAGUUGGUUCAGGUUCUGAAGUAUGAGUCUUACCUGGACUGUGACCUUGCUACUUUCCUGCUAGAGAGAGCCCUCUCCAACAAGAGGAUAGGUCACUUCCUCUUCUGGCAUCUCAGGUCAGAAAUGCACGUAUCCUCGGUCAGUCUGCGUUUCGGCCUGAUUUUAGAGGCUUACUGCAGGGGCAACAUCUAUCACAUCAAGGGCUUAUGGAAACAGAACGAGGCUCUGAACAAGAUGAAGGCUCUGAAUGACUUUGUGAAGUCGGGCUGGCAGAAGACGUCACGCCAGCAGAUGACAGAUGACAUGAAGCUGUGUAUCAAACAGGAGGCCUACAUGGAGGCCCUCUCAUACCUGCUGUCCCCGCUCAAUCCCAGCAUCAUGCUCUCAGAGAUUUGUGCGGACAGAUGCAAGUUCAUGGACUCCAAGAUGAAGCCCCUGUGGCUCAUGUACAAGAACAGAUGGGUGCAGGGGGACGCUGUGGGCAUCAUCUUCAAGAACGGAGAUGAUCUCCGACAAGACAUGUUGACCCUCCAAAUGAUCCAGCUGAUGGAAAUCCUUUGGAAGAAAGAGGGACUAGAUCUAAGGAUGAUCCCCUACGGCUGCCUCUCCACCGGGAACAAGACAGGCCUCAUCGAGGUGGUGAAAAACUCAGACACCAUCGCCAACAUCCAGCGCAACAACAGCAACAGUGCCGCGACUGCAGCCUUCAACAAAGAUGCCCUGCUCAACUGGCUUAAAUCCAAGAACCCAGAGGAUAAACUUGACCAGGCCAUUGAGGAGUUCACACUAUCAUGUGCUGGUUACUGUGUAGCCACUUACGUGUUGGGUAUCGGAGAUCGCCACAACGACAAUAUCAUGAUCAAGGAGACUGGGCAGCUGUUCCACAUUGACUUUGGGCACUUUCUGGGAAACUUCAAGAGCAAAUUUGGGAUCAACAGGGAACGUGUGCCUUUUAUUCUGACGUACGACUUUGUCCACGUCAUCCAACAAGGGAGGACUAACAACAGUGAGAAGUUUGAAAGGUUCAGAGAGUGCUGUGAGCAGGCCUAUAAGAUCUUGUGUCGCAAUGGGACUCUGUUUGUUAACCUGUUUGCCAUGAUGAAAGCAGCCGGACUGCCUGAGCUGAGCUCCUUCAAGGACAUCCAGUACCUAAAGGACUCAUUGGCUUUGGGGAAAUCGGAGGAAGAAGCGCUGAAGAAUUUCAAAGUGAAGUUUAACGAAGCUCUGAGAGAGAGCUGGAAGACCAAGGUGAACUGGAUGAUGCACUCUCUAGCCAAAGAUAGCAGACUUUGAAUAAAAGCCACUGCCCCGGAGAAGCAUUCUGAACCUUAAUACCCCUGAUUUGUUGAUCUGAUCAGGGUUUUCAGCUUAUGGAGCCAAAUGGAAUGAAAAUGCACUGAAGUCUUUGUCGUAAAAUAAGAGCAUUUGGCAAUGUUUUACAGAUGUUUACACCUGACUGGCAGUCAUGCUUAUGGUUUAUGAACUGAUGCAAAACUGCAAGUACUUGUUGAAAGUCACAUUUCAUCGGGAGUAAUUGCCAUUGUUACUAUAUCAUACAGACAGUACAGCGUUGAAAAUCAUUUGCACGUGGGCACACCCCGUGUCAACCAGACCUAUCACCACAUGAACAGUGCCCUGAAAGUGACCAUCUCAAACCAAAUUGGGAGUAAACAACGUAAUAAUGAUGCCUAAUGAAACAAUGUAUCAACAUUUUGUCAGGAGAGUAGUAAGAGAGAGGAGUUAAAUUAUAUGUGAAAUACUGUAAUAGGAGAUUGAUUAAUGAUGAUGAUGCCAUUGAUUAAAUUUCUUGAUAAGU